UCCAAGAGUUACCUAUAUCCCUCCUCCCCCUCCCGAAACAGAAGAGGCUAUAUUUAAGCAUUAUCAAACCGGAAUUAACUUUGACAAAUACGAUGAUAUCAUUGUUGAUGUGUCUGGAAGUAAUGCUCCUCCUGCUAUACUGACUUUUGAAGAAGCCAAUCUGUGUGACACUCUAAGCAAGAAUGUUUCCAGAGCUGGAUAUGUGAAAUUAACACCCGUUCAAAAAUACAGUAUACCUAUCAUAUCGGCAGGACGCGAUUUAAUGGCCUGUGCUCAGACGGGUUCUGGGAAAACCGCGGCGUUUCUUUUACCAAUCUUGGCCCACAUGAUGAACGAGGGGAUUACAGCCAGUCAUUUUAAAGAACUCCAGGAACCAGAAGCUAUCAUUGUUGCUCCAACUAGAGAACUGAUUAACCAAAUCUAUCUAGACGCUCGAAAAUUUGCUUAUGGAACCUGUGUACGCCCCGUUGUGGUAUAUGGAGGAACACAGACUGGUCAUUCACUACGGCAGAUAUUUCAAGGCUGCAAUAUUCUUUGUGCAACACCAGGAAGGUUAAUUGAUAUAAUAAACCGAGAAAAGAUAGGCCUAAGCAAAGUAAAGUACCUAGUUUUGGAUGAAGCGGAUCGUAUGCUUGACAUGGGAUUUGCUCCUGAUAUCAAUAAGUUAAUUGGUAGUCCAGGAAUGCCAAGCAAAGAAGAACGACAGACUUUGAUGUUUAGUGCCACGUUCCCUAAAGCUAUACAGAGCCUAGCUGCUGAACUUUUGAAACCGGAUUAUUUAUUUGUUGUGGUUGGUCAAGUUGGUGGUGCAUGUAGUGAUGUGGAGCAAACCAUUCUUGAAGUUGGAGAAUUUGAAAAGAAGAACAAGUUGGUAGACAUCCUUCAAAACAUAGGUAAUGAUCGCACCAUGGUGUUUGUGAAAACAAAAAAGAAAGCGGAUUACAUUGCUACUUUUUUAUGUCAGGAGAAUAUACAAACAACUAGCAUCCACGGCGAUCGAGAACAAAGGGAGCGAGAGGCAGCACUUUUUGAUUUUCGAAGGGGAAAGUGCCCGGUGCUGGUUGCCACUUCCGUUGCUGCGAGAGGCUUGGAUAUUGAAAAUGUUCAGCAUGUGAUAAACCUCGAUCUUCCCAUGGAGAUUGAUGAGUAUGUGCAUCGCAUUGGACGUACCGGUCGUUGUGGUAACAUUGGGAAAGCUAUUUCUUUUUUUGAUCCAAAAAGCUCAGAAGACACCAACAUAGCUCGUUCCCUCGUUAAAGUGUUGGCAGAUGCUCAUCAGGAGGUUCCAGCAUUCUUAGAAGAAAUUGCCUAUAGUGCUCAUGGAACGUCUGCCUAUAAUCCUCGCGCAAACACUUUCGCAUCAGUGGAUAACAGAAAGGUGGCUGCCCGACAGGAGACCUUUUCAAGUCCUGGAUUCUCAGAAGAAACGGAGGAAAAUUGGGGAUAAUUAGUAUGAAUGUAUGGCAAACUCUUUGUUUUAAAAGCCACUAAAGUAUAGUUUAAGAUUUAUCUUGAAACAUUGACUUAUAUAUAGCUGGUUUAAUAAAAAGAGCAUGCAACUUAAAAGUUUAAGUAAAUACUCCAAAGGUGUAUAUUUGUGUUCAUAUUAAGACUUGUUAAAACAUUGUCAUUUUUUUUUGUUUGACACAAUAAAUGAUAAAUCAUUUAGAAUU